AUGCAGCCUCUGGGCAAGGUGUCCAUCCCGGUGAACUUUGUGGAGCAGGUGACGGAGGAAGUCACGCGCAUCAUCGUGGCUAAUGCCGAGGUGCUGGCGCGGCAAUGCGCCGAAGCCUGCAUCCGCCAGGUGUUGUCUUCCUCCACGCCACUCGCUACGCUGGAUCUGGAGAAGCGAACCAGCGUUGAUGACGAUCCAAAGACGCUCAUGGAGGUCGAUGUGCUGGCCCACCAGGAGACGGAGGCCUGGCAGUCGCCUCAAGGCUCCGAUCUCGGCAGCGAUCUUCUCCAGGAGCUGCUGCCCACGGGAAGCAAAGGUCGGGGCAAAGGACCCGCCGGGAGACGCCCGCCGCCAAAGGCUCCUGGCGCAAAGGCUUCCCCGCCGACGGUGUGUCGGCGUGACAGUGGCAUGAGCGAGCUGCUGCAACGUGUUGCGGAAGAGGGGCGCCGGAAGGACCGCGAGGAGUCGAAGGAGAUCGAGGACCUGGAUCUCUCCCAGAUUUCUCCGGACUGCCCGCGCAGCCGGACCAUUUGCCAGCGCUGUGAGCAGGAGAUUCCCUCGGAACACUUCGAGUCGCAUCUCACGUCGCACUCCAGCGAGAUCCUCCCCUGGCUUUACGUCGGUGGCAAGAGGAACCUGGACAACGAGAAGGAGCUCACGGUUCGAACGGGCAUCACGCACGUCCUCAACCUGGCCCAGGAGGUCAACAUCAAGGAAGACGUCUCGAAGCUCGUGACCGCGUACAACGGCCAGCGUGGCCUGGUCUUCGUGUACAAGAAGAUCGGCUUCGGGGACACCCCGGACCAGGACAUCCUGGAAGAAAUGGAUGGCACCUUUGGUGGCAAGUUGCAAUUU